AUGGCCUCAAACGAGUCACGGCUCCAGCAGCAGCCCUCGCAGAAGGAUGCGGCCGACCAGAACUUCGACUACAUGUUCAAGCUGCUGAUCAUCGGCAACAGCAGUGUGGGCAAAACCUCGUUUCUGUUCCGCUACGCUGACGACUCCUUCAACUCUGCCUUCGUCAGCACCGUGGGCAUCGACUUUAAGGUCAAAACUGUCUUCCGCAACGACAAGAGGAUCAAGUUGCAGAUUUGGGAUACAGCAGGGCAGGAGCGCUAUCGUACAAUCACUACAGCCUACUACAGAGGAGCCAUGGGCUUCCUGCUCAUGUAUGACAUCACUAACCAGGACUCUUUCAGCGCUGUGCAGGACUGGUCGACACAGAUCAAGACGUACUCAUGGGACAAUGCUCAGGUGAUCCUGGUUGGGAACAAGUGUGACCUAGAGGACGACAGGCUUAUACCUACAGAGGAUGGCCAGCGGCUGGCGGAGGAUCUUGGUUUUCAGUUCUUCGAGGCCAGCGCUAAGGACAACAUUAAYGUCAAGCAAGUGUUUGAGCGUCUAGUUGACGUGAUCUGUGACAAGAUGAAUGAGAGCAUGGAAGGAGACGACAACCUUACAUCCAACCACCGGAACCAGGGCCUUAAAGACUCGUCGUCAGAGAGCAAUGGGAGCUGUGCUUGCUAAACCAUUCGCCCUUUUUUGUUUUGUUUUUACCAAGAAUCCAACACACACCCUUUACACUGAUUCUCACUCAAAGAAYAACUUCUUCUCUGUGCCUCAGCCAUGGAAAAUGCUGCAACACUUUUGAGAUGCUUCUGAGAUGAUCUUCAUCAGCAUCAUCAGACCCCCCCACCCCACAUCAGACCUUGUCUUUUCUCAUAAACACUCAGUUUCUUUUUGUCUGUGGUUUGAACCCAUCAACUGUCCAAAAAUUCUGUCCUCACUUCAGCUUCUUGAACCAGUUCACCUCCAUUUAGGAAUCAUUUGGAAAUAGAUUUAGUUUUCUGGACAAAUAUUGUUCCACAAAGCAAGACCAAGUAGAUGGUUGAGAUUCUUACAGGGCUGAAACUGAUGGUUUGCAUCUUUUAAAAUAAGAUGUYAUGGAAAGGUUAUAAACRGUUAUUAUCUURCAUGUUGUAGRUAACUCUUUAGACAAGCUUAGUUCGUGAAAAGGUUUAAUUCUGACCUGUUUAACAAGCUAAAGGCUAGUCCAUGUGAAACCAAGGCCUAAGUGCAUUGYUGCCAUCUUAAAACUGCUCCAAUCRAAAAAGAUUUUAGAGCAUUUCAUACAAAUGCCAUUUUAAAAUAUUUUACAGCCGUGUCAGUUUUGAAUUAUGGUAUUUUGGCAAAAUAAUUUAUGCUGGAAGUGCUUUCGCUAGCUACUGGUGGCACUGUUUGUUCUUGCAAAUAAUAGUGUGCAAAAUUGACAUAAAUGUAAAGAUUUGUAAGAUGGUGUUUGCAUAAUCUGCUAAGGGAUUUUUAAGAUCCUAGCUAUGGUUAGGUAACGUCAACCCUUUUAGUUCUUGCUCCCAUGUAGACUAGCCAUUAGCUCAUCAGUCAGGUCAGAAGUAAUUUGCAAUUCUACAAAAUGAGAUGAAAGAGCUACAACAGAUUUAGAUGUAAAUGAUCCCCAGAACAUCAAUUUCAAAAGAUCUGAACUGUAACUUUGUUUUCUUAGUUUAAAAAUAUUUAGUGGAAAUGUACAUAAAAUGCCACAGUUUUUCCUUCACUACAAGGCAGCUGCUUGUGUCAUUUAUCCCCUGCUCUACAGUGAGAGGAAAUGGUUCAGAGUGGUUCAUAUCUAAGACAAAUGCAGAAAGGAGCAGGAAUAUGUGAAAGUUCCACUCUUCACUAAAAACAGGUUAUGUUAUGUAAUGGUUUUGCUCGAUCCUGAAGAACAAGUUUGAUGGUUUUUAGUUUUCUCCUAAUAGCAUUUUUCAGCAUUACAAGGGUUAAUUCUUAUAAUUUAGUUUAAAUUUGCUCUAAUUUCACCUGGAUAGUUAAAGUAAACACUGAGUGCAGAUCAGUAUCGGUUU